AUGAAGGUGACUGUGAAAGAGACGAGCAUGGUUCGGCCAGCAGAAUGCAGGUCGCGGCAUAGCCUGUGGCUGUCGAACUUGGACCUUCUGCAGCUGAGAAAUCAUGUCACUACCAUCUACGCAUACAAUAAGCCAAAAACAGCAGGAUCUUCUGCUUCGUCCUCCACGUUCUUCGACAUCAAAGUGCUGAAGGACGCUCUGAGCAAGGCCCUGGUGCCAUUCUAUCCCGUGGCAGGGAGGCUUGGAAGAGAGCCCUUCGUCCUCCACAUUCUCAGCAGUAAAAUACUAAAAUCUCCACGGAAGGUAAGUCCAAAGGAUCAGAGAGCCCUUGAAAUCAGCAUUGCAAGGGCAUUCCCAUCGGAAUGA